UUUAUUUGUAUAUGGUGAGGCGGAAUCAGUUCAGCAGUCAGCUGGAGCACUCACAGCUGUUUGGGCUUUUACGUUUACACGCCCAAACAAAUUUGACGAACUGUUGCAUCUGGUCACGAAAUAUACCGCGUGUGUUUUUGUUUACAAUACGCGGGCAACAAACGCUCAAUUGGAAAUUCGAAAACUGAGCUCGCAAUCCUUGAAAUCCUUUGCAGAAUGCCUGUUGUGGACGCUAGCGAUCUGGCAAUGCUGCAGAAGCGGCCGGAGCAAAUACGAAAUAUUUGCAUUCUGGCGCACGUGGACCAUGGGAAGACAACAUUGGCAGAUUCACUGGUGGCUAGCAAUGGAAUAAUUUCACAACGCAUGGCUGGAAAGUUGCGAUACCUGGACAAUCGGCAGGAUGAACAGGAGCGUGGCAUCACUAUGAAGAGCAGUAGCAUUUCCCUGUAUUACAGGGGCGGCAAUGAGUUGGCAUCCAAACAAAGUGAUUAUCUGAUUAAUCUGAUUGAUUCACCCGGUCAUGUAGAUUUCUCCAGCGAGGUGUCCACGGCCGUGCGCUUGUGUGACGGUGCCAUUGUUGUAGUCGAUGUAGUUGAGGGUGUAGGACCACAAACACGAGCGUGUUUGAAGCAAAUCUAUGAAGAGCAGCUAAAGCCUGUGCUGGUGCUCAAUAAAUUGGAUCGACUGAUAUUGGAAAAGCAAAUGACGCCGCUGGAUGCCUAUUUCCACAUAAGCCAGUUGCUAGAGCAAGUGAAUGCUGUGCUGGGAAGCAUCUUUGCCUCCGAUGUGCUGGCGAAGGAGGACAUUACGCAGAAGGACAACUACGAAUCGGCACUGGAACAACUAGACGAUUCUGAGCUCUAUUUCUCGCCUGCCACGGGUAACGUGGUCUUCUGCUCUGCCUACGAUGGUUGGGCUUUUGCCGUGGGAGACUUUGCUGUUACGUAUGCGGAGCGUUUGGGAAUGACGCGGGACGAUUUGGAGCAGGCGUUGUGGGGAGACUUUUACUACAAUGCCAAGAAGAAAUGCGCUGUGGCGGGUGCUCAGGAGAAGGCUAAGAAGCCAAUGUUUGUGCAGUUUGUUUUAGAAAACAUAUGGAGCCUGUACGACAUCAUAGCGGUGCGCAAGGAUAAGGAAAAGUUACCUUCCAUAGCCGAAAAGCUGGGUCUGAAAUUGCAGGCGCGCGACUUGCGCGUAACAGACCCUAAGGUGCAGAUCAAAACAGUGCUGGGGCAAUGGUUGCCCAUCGAUCGGAGUGUACUAGAGAUGGUUGUCCGGCAUGUACCGCCACCUCACAGUAUCAGCGAUGAGCGUGCCCAACACUUGCUCUAUCCGGCCAAUGUGGAUUUAAGCUCGCUGCCCGUCGAGACGUUAGCAUUGAAAGAAAACUUCAAGAGUUGCGCUGCGCAGAGUGAGAAUGUCAUAGUAUUCGUGUCUAAGAUGACGCCCGUCCAUGUGUCGCAGCUGCCACAGAAUCGGCCAAAACGCCUGAACGAUGUGGAACUGCAGCAGCGUCGGGAUGAAGUUCGUCGCCGUAUCGAAGAACGCAAACAGCUGAGUGAGCAAGCAGCGUUGGCGCAGCUAACCGAAGGCAUGGAGCAACUUCACACUGUGAGCGCGCAGACUGCAGAGUGUACGCCCACAUCUCAACCAGAGGUGGAGCAGGAACAAAGUGACUUCGUGUUUGUGGCCUUUGCGCGCAUUUUUAGCGGAACGCUUAGACGUGGCAUGGAAUUAUAUAUUUUGAUGCCCAAACAUGAUCCUCGCCAGCCCACGCAUCGUGUACCUGAAGAGGCGCCCUAUGCCACGCGCGUCGUUAUCGGUGAUCUUUACCUAUUUAUGGGUGGCGAGCUACAAUUGCUGGACGAGGUACCAGCCGGCAACAUUGUAGGCAUGGGCGGACUGGAGACGCACAUUGUGAAGACUGCCACAAUCAGCAGCACGCUGAGCUGCACAUCCUUUAGUGAACUGAGCGUGAUGGCCACGCCCAUUCUGCGCGUUGCCAUUGAGCCGGUGCAACCACAGGAUAUGCCUAAACUUAUCAAGGGUCUGAAGUUGCUCAAUCAGGCGGACGCAUGCGUGCAAGUCUCUGUGGCGCCUAGUGGAGAGCAUGUGAUUACCACAUUGGGUGAGGUACAUGUGGAGAAGUGUGUGCAUGAUCUGGAGCAGAGCUAUGCCAAGAUCAAGGUGAAUGUGUCCAAGCCAAUUGUGUCGUUCAGGGAAACCAUUGUGCCUGCAGCUACUGUGGACAUGGUCAAUGAGGCUAUUGUGAAGACAGCCGAGGACAAGGACAUUAGCAAAAAGAUAGCCACUCAGCAUACGCUCAAUAAGCUCGGGACUUUGUGUGUCAUUGCACUCCCGUUACCGACUUCGGCUGUGGAACUGCUGGAGAAAUACAGUAACUUCUUCAAGGAGCUUGCCAGCAUAUCACGCAACACAUUGCUUUCUGAAAAGUAUUCUACACUGCUGGCCCAGAUAAAGGCUCAACUCACCACAGCCCUAGCUGAUUUGGAUUUGCUAGGCUUAAGCUCCCUUAAAGCUGAGGCUCUAGUCGAUCGCAUUUGGGCUCUGGGCCCACGCAAUUGUGGUACAAACAUUCUACUUAAUCUGACUGAUUACGAACAGCCAGACUUUUGGUCACCGCAUUCCAAGAGUUCUGACACGGAUGUCCGCGCAUCAUCAACAGAUGUGCGGCGAGAUUACAAUAGCUCCUUGGUCAAUGGCUUUCAACUGACUACGGCCGCGGGUCCAUUGUGCGAGGAACCCAUGCAGGGCGUUUGUUUUGCCAUCCUAGAGUGGUCUGUCCAAUCCGACCGUGAAGAUUUAAAUGCACGCGCUUUUGGGCCUUUUUCGGGUCAAGUUCUUACCGCUUCUAAAGAGGCCUGCCGACAGGCAUUUCAAAAUCAACCGCAACGUCUGGUAACGCCCAUGUAUAGCUGUAAUAUUGUGGUGAACGCGGAAAUGUUGGGCAAGAUGUAUGCGGUAAUUGGACGACGUCAUGGCAAAAUCUUAUCGGGGGACUUGACGCAGGGAAGCGGCAACUUUGCGGUGACCUGUCUGCUGCCCGUCAUUGAAUCUUUCAACUUUGCUCGGGAGAUGCGCAAGCAGACAUCUGGCCUGGCCUGUCCGCAGCUGAUGUUUAGCCAUUGGGAGGUGAUUGAUAUUGAUCCCUUCUGGCUACCCACCACUGAGGAGGAACUGAUGCACUUUGGCGAGAAGGCGGACUCGGCGAAUCGCGCCAAGCUCUAUAUGGACAGUGUGCGCCGGCGCAAGGGCCUCUUUGUCGAUGAGCAGGUGGUUGAGCAUGCGGAGAAGCAGCGUACACUAUCCAAGAACAAAUAACGAAAAAUAGCCCUACUUACCUGGUACUCUACAAAUCGAGAUGUAUUUUUUAUUUAAAACUACUUGCCUAAAUUCAAAAGUACGUAAUAAAGGAAUGCACAAUUGUAAACAGUA